UGCGUUAUUAAAGUUUCAACGGCCUUAAAUGAAAAGUCAAAACCCUCUAUUCUAUAUGGAGGCUUUCGUUCUGGAUUUGAGCGAAGCCUAAAAGGCUAAAAAAAACCAGAGCAAAACGGAAUUUUGAAGAAGACGAUGCUCUCCAUUUCUCAGGUGCCGAGUUUCUCGUUAACCUCCGUGAAAUCUCUUCGCUCUCCUUCUUAUUCGUCUUCUUCUGUUUCCGUCUUCUUUUCCUUCUUCCCCAGAGUUUCGAGAUUCGUCAGAGCAAGUUCUGGAUUCCCCAAUUUGGCCGAGUGUCGUACACCGGAGAGCAUCCCGAGAGUCAACAACGCCGGCCUCAAACUCGAGGAGACAGUCGACGGCUUGAAAGGGAAGAUUCGGCUUGAUUCGUGGAUCUCUUCUCGUGUCCAUGGCGUAAGCCGAGCUCGCGUACAGUCCAGUAUUCGUCUGGGGCUCGUUAGCGUCAAUGGUCGCGUCGUUGAUAAGGUUUCGCACAAUGUAAAAGCUGGCGAUGAGGUCAAUUGUACGAUAUCAGAGCUUCAACCAUUAAAAGCUGAAGCUGAAGACAUACCAUUGGAUAUAGUUUAUGAAGAUAAGCACCUUCUCGUCGUUAACAAACCGCCGCAUAUGGUUGUUCAUCCUGCGCCUGGAAACCCUACUGGUACACUAGUUAAUGGCAUACUUCACCAUUGCAGCCUUCCCUGUGUUGCUUAUUCAAACCCAGAGGAUGAUUCCGAUGAAGAGACUUUUUCAGAUGGUGAAGAGAUGACCUCUUCUAGUUCAUUAGCCGCUGCGUCUGUUCGUCCAGGUAUUGUUCAUAGGCUGGAUAAAGGGACAAGUGGAUUGCUCGUUGUAGCCAAGGACGAACAUUCCCAUGCUCAUUUAGCAGAACAGUUCAAGCUACACACAAUUGAGAGAGUGUACAUAAGUCUUACAUCUGGAGUUCCUUCUCCAUCUCAGGGGCGUAUUGAUAUACCAAUUGGUCGUGAUCCGAAUAAUCGGAUCCGUAUGGCUGCUAUACCUGGAUCAUUAAGCCGUGGAAAGGCCCGCCAUGCUGCUAGUAGGUAUAAGGUAAUUGAAACACUCGCUGGAGGCGGCUCUGCAUUGGUUGAGUGGAGACUAGAAACAGGACGUACCCAUCAGAUACGUGCUCAUGCAAAGUAUAUGGGAGUUCCUCUAUUGGGUGACGAAGUGUAUGGUGGAACGAAAAGCGUGGCCCUUUCGCUUCUGCAGAAAAAAGUGUCCCGCAGUGAUCAAGAACAGAUCCUCGAGCUGGUUUCCAGAAUGGAUAGGCCUUGCCUUCAUGCUAUAGUUCUAGGCUUUGAACAUCCGUGCACCGGGGAGGUUGUGAAGUUUUCAUGUCCACCGCCUUCGGAUCUUGCAGAGAUAGUAGGCUUGCUUCGUAGAAGCGGGAGAGAAAAAGUGGAAUAGUCUCUCGGACAUUGGUGGUUUACUUCCUUCCGCACGGCCACUGAUUGUACGGAGCAGAGGAUUUCAAUUACAUCACUCAAAUGGCAUCGAUCCCAAAAAAAAAAAAAAAUACAAAACGUGUUUUAAAGUGAUCCUCAAAUUUAAGCAAUGAUAUAUAGAACCAGUUAACGAUGAUUUCUAGAUUCAGGAAUUGUAAAUGAUUCACUCUCUCGUUUACUUUUGAAUUGUUCAGCCAUACCUGAUUUUAUGUAGUCUCUAGAAUUUGCGUUCUGACAUUACUCUGAAGUUCCUUUUACAAAGAUAUAAGAACAAACCAAGUCCCCAAUCAAUUAGUUGAACCUGGUCAGAUCAUUUACUUGUUUAUACUCAUCAAAGACAAACUAACAUGUCUAACACACAGUUAAAUCUGAUUAAGCGAGAAAGAAAACAACAAAAUAAGAACAAGAAUUCGGCAUUCAGCUUAAAAGUUUAAACAUUCGUGUCACUGUUGAUCGCCUCGACGUUUUAACUCGAUCAUCUCCUUUUGCUUCUCCGCGAGCUUAUCUAAUGCAGACGAAACGGCGUCGCUUCCACCGAUCAGCAGCCGCGUGAUAACCUCCGGAUCCGUCUCAAAUCGCGCCGCCUCGAACUCCUUCCUGGCGUUCUCUCUCAGCACGUCCCUCCACAGGAUCCCCCUCCUAUCAGUCCACAUGAAGAACCGAGUCGCGCGUAAUAUGUCUCGGUACAAACUCAGAGCCUCCCUGCGCGUGCUCGUCAGACGCCGCCUGUUGAGAAACUCGGCCUCGUCGUCGUUGAUUAGUGGUUUCUCUUUCUUCGCCAGAUGUCUAUCGAGGAGCUCCUCCAUCGUGUCCGGACCUUCGUGCAGGAGCCGAAUCGACGGUACGGCGUCGCUCCGAGAUAUCCGAUCUAGACGACCUGACAGAUUCCGCCAUUUCUGAAGCUUCGCAGCCAUCAUCUCUCCCACAUUGAGAAAUUUCGUCGUCUUCGAGUUACAACAUCAUUCCCCGAUAGCUACCUGGGCUCCAAAGGCUAAAACUUAAUUUAAAUGGGUGGGCUUAGUUUUAUGGCUAUAUGGGCCCAUUUAUAGCCCAUACACACAUGAAUUAAUUGCCUACGCUAACAGAGGAUGAUUUACUCUUUUUUUUCUGAUUUCUGCUGGUUCUAUCAAGCUCCUCCACUUCUCCCUCUUUUUUUACAGUUAUGACAUAAAGUUUUCAUGUCCCGACAGAACCUAACGAUACAACAACUCUCGCAUGUUCAUUUGCAUUCUUCUCAUCAAAAGGACACACACACAGAACAAAGAUCAAUGUCAAACAGACUGUUUUAAAGAUAAUAUUAUGCAUAAGAAGACCUUCGCACGUUCAUGUGCAUUCUUCUCAUCAAGAGGACACACACAAAGACCAAACAACAAUGUCAAACAGACUAUUUUUAAGAUAAGUGUGUGUAUAAGAAGACUCAUUUUGAGAGAUGAUAAGCCUUAUGGAUGGGUGUAAAGAAAAGAUGACAACUCUUAAAAAGUGUGUCACAAACUCAGCGAGGAAAAGACAGGAAAGCUCUUUGAAAAUAUGUCUCAAUCAAGAACUCGAGCCUAAAGCACAAAUGAUGACCAAAGUUCCUAUCUGCAGAGUCAUAGCAUCGCAUAGUGUGAAGCUACUUGCACGAAUGGUAGCGAAAUCUUACACACCAAUUCUUAAUGGCCUUGCAUGUCCAACAUCUCAUCGAGUCCCUUAACCCUCUCUAAAGCUUCACUGAUCAGAUACCGAAUCUUUUGUUUGUCGUCGCAGUCUCUGUUCUUUUCCAUCUCUUGCCUAAUCGUCUGUUUCAACUCCCCUACAACAUGAAUAGGAGCUCUCUGAGCUAUCUUCAACGCUUGUCGGUAUACUGUAAGCACUCGAGCACGAAGAAUAAAGCUCUGCAAAUCUAAGGAAUGAACCAUAACAAAAGCCACACCUAUUGAAGUGUGAAUUUACGCUUGGAGAAGGAUCGAGCAGAGAGAGUAAUCGAUAAGCAAUCUCGGUGUGUCGGAAACUCGGAAUAAAGAAAGGAAUGGAGUUCAGGGAAUUAA